AACAGGGAUAAAAGCUUUUGCGCGUCGGCAGCGAGGAAGAUGGUGAAGGAGACGGGAUACUACGACCUGCUGGGCGUGCGGCCGGGAGCCAGCCUGGACGAGAUCAAGCGGGCGUACCGGCGCCUGGCGCUGCGCUACCACCCCGACAAGAACCCCAGCGAGGGCGAGCGGUUCAAGCAGAUCUCCCAAGCCUACGAGGUGCUGUCGGACGCCCACAAACGGGCGCUCUACGACCGCGGCGGGGAGCGGGCCAUGAAGGAGGGCGGCCUGGGGAACCGAGGAGGGAGCGGCGGAUUCGGCUCCCCCAUGGACAUCUUCGACCUCUUCUUCGGUGGAGGAGUGCGGAUGCGUGGCCGGGCGGACAGGCGAGGGAAGACGGUGGUGCACCAGCUCUCGGUGUCGCUGGAGGACCUCUACAACGGCACCACGCGCAAGCUGUCCCUGCAGAAGAACAUCAUCUGCAGGAAAUGCGGAGGCUGCGGGGUGCGGGAGGGAGCCCAGAGGAGAUGCCCCAAGUGCCACGGCUCGGGGAUGGAGGUUCGUAUCCACCAGCUGGGGCCCAGCAUGAUCCAGCAGAUCCAGACAGUGUGUUCCCAGUGCCAGGGCCAGGGCGAGUGGAUCCGGCCUCGGGACUGCUGCCUCACCUGCAACGGCCGCAAGGUCGUGCGGGAGAAGAAGAUCCUCAGCGUUCACCUGGAUAAAGGUAUGAAGGAUGGGCAGAAGAUCACCUUCCACGAGGAAGGGGACCAGGUUCCCGGCCUGGAGCCCGGGGACAUCAUCAUCGUCCUGGAUCAGAAGGAACAUCCCGUUUUCCGACGCAGCGGUGACGACCUCAUCGUCAAGAGGGAGAUCAGCCUGGCAGACGCCCUGUGCGGCUGCCGACAGGUCAUCCGCACCCUGGACAACAGGACCCUGCUCAUCUCCUCCCAGCCAGGUGACGUUAUCCGACCCGGCGACCUGAAGUGUGUCCCCAACGAGGGGAUGCCCGUCUACAGGAGCCCCUUCCAAAAGGGAAAACUCAUCUUGCAGUUCCAGGUGAAGUUCCCCGAGCCCGGCUGGCUCCCCACCGACCGCCUGCGCCAGCUCCAGGCCUUCUUCCCGCCCCAGGAGGAGGUGAUGGCCACCGAGGACACGGAGGAGGUAGAGCUCAGCGACUACACGUCCCACGGCGGCUCGGGCCGACGGCCCUACACCGGCGAAGCCUACCACGAAGACGACUUUGAGGACGGCGUGCGCCAACACGUCCAGUGCCAGACCUCGUAGCUGGGGGUGGGGGGUGGGGGGGGGGUGCGGGGAACCGGAGCCACCCCCGUCCCCGUUCCCCCCCCCCACACCUCCGUGGGUGGCAGCGGGGCUCGUCUCACGGGGGCAGGGCUGGGGAGGGUGGGGGGGCUCGGAGAGCCGUCAACGUUCAGGGAUGUACAUAGGUCGCCUUUCCGACAGCACUUAACCUCCCUCGCCCCCCUCCCCGGGGAGCCAGGCACGGGGCUGCCCCACUUCUGGGGGUUCCCCCCCCCACACCACCUCCCCAAAAUCCCACCAAGGGAAGAGGUGGGGAACGAGGCCCCUCUUUGACCUGUGAGAGGGAGCCAGAUCCUGGCUCCGUGUUGGCGGAGGAGCCGCUGCUGCUGUGCUGGCCGUGGGCUUGGUGGCCGGAUCCGGCCGUUGCCAGCCCAGCGGGCAUGUCCCGCACCGGGACAGCGCAGUCCCAGACCGAGGAGGGUGGCCUCGCCGUCUGCCUCAGUUUCCCCAGCCGGUGGGGCAAAGCCUCCGCAAAAGCUGAUUUGGUGAGGAUGGGAAGUGCCCGGCUCAGCUGCCGGCCCCCACCGGGGUCCCUGCCACUGCCCCACGGCACCCACUGGCCCCACGCCGUGGGGUGCCGCUGCCCGGCCCCCCGAGUUCCCUUGCUUUGCCCGUUUCUUUCCUUGCUGGAGCCUGGGUCAGGCCUGGGGAGCGGAGGGGGUUUCUCUUUUCUCUUUGCACAGAACAGAAUGGGG